UAAUCUCGCGAGUCUCAUUCCCAACCCUCCACCCACUCCAGUCAACGAAUUUGACCUCUAAUUGGCAAAGUCAAGGAGUCAAACUCAAUCAAUUCAGUGUGAAAUCCGCAACGAAAAUGAAGCCACCACUAAUUUUAAUAUCGCUCCUGAUCCAUUUUUCCCGCGGAGCCUCGGAUUUCGACGAAAAGAUCGAGCUUUUGAAAGACAUCGAAAUCCCAGACAUUGACGAUUUUGACAUAGUCCACGAAAAAUGUGAUAAAGAAGGCGGAAACGGAACCUACGACAAACUAAAGACAUCCCUCGACACAAUUGAGAGCUGUAUCAGCGAUUUCGUGGACGUAAAAGUCCUCAAAACCGAAAUCGAAAAUUCGAAAAAGACCGGCGCUUUGGACGAAGUGUUCGGCAAAUAUUGCGCCAAGCGCUUCAAACUUGCAACGUGUCUUGGAGACUUCGUCAAUAAUCUUCGCUCCUGUUUGACUAGUGAUGAAAAAACCGCCCUUAACUUGACCACGAAUAUUUUGACCCAAUUGGGCGAGUUUGUGUGUUAUAAGGAUGGCGACCGGCUUGCUAUGUUUGUGGCCGAGGGUGGGACCGAGUGUUUCAAAGCUCGGGCUAAGGGAAUCCAGAGCUGUGUCAACGCCACGCUUAAAAUCAUUCCUUCCAGCUUUAGUACAAACCCGUUACCCAACCUACUGAUUGACAGGAAAAAAUGCGACGAUUUAGGCAAGCUCCAGGACUGCAUGGUCGAAGAGUUGGAAAAGUGUUCAGACACCACUCCCGCGAACAUUAUUGACGCGCUUUUUAGGUUUAUCAAGCGCUCAGCGUGUCCCAAGAAAAACAAGCGGAGUCCAAGCUUUCACCGCAUUUUGAGGAGAAAUAUACCGCCUGCCACAUACAGCGCUGAUCGCAUUGCAGCUUUAUUGCAGAACAAGUGCAGUCAGAAUGCUCCCCAUGACAUGAAACGCAUCAGAGAAUCUUUCACACAUGCGAGAAUUUGUAUCCAAAUUGUAAACGACCACGAAGAAAAUCUUCUGACAAUCUUCUCCUUGAAGGAGCUUAAGGAGAAUUUUAAAGAAUGCAGCGACGAUUUCGUCGAAACGGCUGAACUGUGUUUUGGCGACGACGAAAAAUAUUUUCCCAAAUUCGUCCAGCAGAUUUAUUUUAAUCUAUUAGAGGUUGCCUACAAACACAAGGACCUGAUACUGAACAAAACAGCGAUGGAAAAGUAUAACGACUGUGUUAAAAUUUUGAGAGAGCCAGGCAAUGCGGCCGCAUUAUAUCACUGUAUUUUUCAGGGGCCUGUGUCCAAAAUCUGGACAAAAGAAGUCGUGUGCGAGAAUUUAAUGAAUGGAACUGCAUGUGCUAUUGAUGAGGUCAAGAAAAAGUGCUCCAGCGAUAUUUUCGAUGAUUUUGUUGACGAUUUCGUCCAUUUUUGGAAAUCCUCUUGCAAACCAAAUCAGAACUAAAAUGUUUAUUAUCCUACGUUCAAUUUAUUGGAAGUAUUUUAAAAUUUAACACUAUGUACCGAAUGCUGAAUAAAUUAACCUUUAACCGCU